AAAAAAAAUAACAAAAACAAUCAGUGAUAAACCGACCCAAGGAUACUGUGAGAACGGCUCUCGUAGUUAGCCCUUCUGUGUUGUGAAAAUUGUUUCAUUUUAUCAGUAUUCAUCCUUAGAAAUUGAUAUUUUUUUCAUAUGGUUUUCAACCGAGAUUGAUUACUCAAUAUUUGAGAAUGUAUGUUUUUUUGGUUCUGGGAGCUGUAGCAUCCUCAUCAGCUUUCUUGGAAUCGCUAAUCUCCCUGAACGACUGCCCUCCGGCUCAGUUUGCUUGCAGGAAUGGAAAAUGCGUGGAUAAAACUUUGAGAUGCAAUGGAUUCAACAACUGUUUGGAUGGAUCUGAUGAAAUGGAUUGUGAAUUGUAUUUAUGCAAAGAGCCGAGAUAUUAUCGAUGUAAGAAUAAAAGAUGUAUCAGCAAAUUAUUUGUUUGCGAUGGAGAAAAUGAUUGCGAGGAUUUUUCUGAUGAAGUCGAAUGUGAGAACUUUAAGAUGUCAGAUCACGUGAACACAACAUGCGAAAAAGGCCACUGGCAGUGCACAGAUAAACUGUGCAUACCAAAUGAAUGGGUGUGCAAUGGAGAAUCAGAUUGUUUAGAUGGAUCAGAUGAAGGAAUAGGGUGCAGCUCGAAAAUAGAGUGCGAUGGAUUCAAAUGUAAAAAUGGUCACUGUAUUCCUAACGAAUGGAUAUGCGACAACAACAAUGACUGUCACGAUAAUAGUGACGAGGAGGAUUGUGAAAAUCACGUUCCUAUCAACAAGUGCACACUGGAUAAUCGAAAAUUUCUUUGCUCUAACAAUAAAACCUGCAUUGACCUAGUUCUUACGUGCGAUGGCCAUCCUAACUGCCCGGAUGGAUCUGACGAGGGACCCCUUUGCAAAUCGGCAGUUUCUUGCCAAAAUCACGGGUGCUCUCACGAAUGUUUCCCUUUGCCUACAGGACCGUUAUGUUUAUGCCCUCCUGGAUAUCUUACUGAGAAUGAUAAACGUUGCCAGGAUAUCAACGAGUGCGAACAGUUUGGUGAGUAAUAGAGUAUAAAAUUUUGUGC